AUAGGCAACCCUCCAGUUGCACCUAAUUAUCUUUUUUUUUUUACAUUCUCUCAUUUGCAGUAGUGGUGCUGGAUCUACUAUUGGACUUUCCACUUCAAGUGCUACCGGAGCAGCAUUUACUACCAGAUCUUACCCAAGCUCGUCUCUAUACCAGAUCUACGCAGAAACAAUACCUAGGCUUCGCAAUAAACUCCCUUUGUCGACUCGCUGGAUCCUAGCACACGGUUCAGCUGGCUCUGAACACCACAGGUAUAACCUGAAUACGAGCGAUUUCUAGACCGUCAUCCGCGCGUUGAUCGCACCUUCGCUAAAAUUCCGCCCAAAUUACGGGAAGAGGCGAUAGCCAUGAACAACAUUCAGCGUUCGGGGACGCGGUCGGAGAGGUCUCGGUGGCCGGCUCUUGCGGCCAAGAUGAGCUCCCCGGAUGUUACCCACAACGAGAACAAGCGGUUUACUAUGAAACAGAAGGUUGACCGUUGGUAUGUGCUUCGGGCUCUGGUGGAGUUUGCUGGAAGUAUUUAGGAGCUAACAUCAGGUCAAGGAUGGUGAACGAAGGAUACCGACGAAUGUCCGUUUUUGCAUCGUCUCUUCGCUUAUAGCAUCGCUAACGACAGUCUAGUUUUGUCGCUAUCUUCGUGCUAUUGCAUUUGCUUGUGUUUGGCUUUGGCUUUUUGCAUUACACGCUGAAGGUCUGGGUUCUGCUAGGAGGUGGAAAUGUAUGUGAGCGCUAACUAUUUGUAGGACAAUCUCGUCGGUCCUCGAGCUGUAUUUGGUAUCACCCUACCAAUAGCGAGGUCUGCGGCUCUUGUGCUUCAUGUCGAUGUCGCUCUUAUUCUGCUACGUAUGUGCCUUGCGGUGGAUGUGUUGGAAAUGGGUGCUGAUUGGAAGGAUAGCUGUAUGCCGUAACUUGAUCUCUAUGGCUCGCCAGACUGCACUCAAUGGGAUCAUCCAAUUCGGUAUGUUUGUCAUGGGUUUGGUUCGUGUGUUGGGCGCUGUUGACAUGUUUGUAGACAAGAAUAUAACUUUCCAUAAAAGUAAAUUAAUCCAUGGAAAUUAUUGUUGGGGGCGAAUACUGACAUUUGUUAUAGUGACUGCGUGGUCCAUCGUCUUCUUCUCCUGGCUACACACAAUUGCCCAUUGGAACAACUUCGCACAGCUUGCAAUUAGAGAGAAACUCGGUUUCGUUGGGUGGCUUCAAGCUAACUUUGUUUCUGGUCCGGGCUGGACUGGGUAUAUCAUGUUGAUUUGCUUGAUGAUUAUGGCUGUCACUGCUAUGGACAAACCUCGCAGGGCAAACUUUGAACGCUUUUGGUGCGUCGAAUACAUAUGCAGGAUUAUGGGAUACGAUUUUGCUGACUUAUUAAUAGGUAUUCCCACCACUUGUUCCUCGUUUUCUUCUUGUUCUGGUCAUUCCAUGGCGCUUUCUGUAUGAUCAAGCCGGAUCGCCCACCAUUCUGUGAUGGUAUCGGGGUUUUCUGGAAGUUUUGGAUGCUUGGGGGUCUCUUGUAUCUCGGGGAAAGGAUUAUGAGGGAGAUUCGUGGAAAGCAUAAGACCUAUAUCAGCAAGGUUAUUGAGCACCCCAGCAACGUGGUAGAGAUUCAGAUCAAGAAGGAGCACACAAAGGCCAAUGCUGGACAAUAUAUAUUCCUUUGCUGCCCCGAGGUUUCCAUUUGGCAAUAUCAUCCUUUCACUCUUACCAGCGCUCCCGAGGAGGACUAUAUAUCCGUCCAUGUCCGCAUGGUUGGAAACUUCACAAAGGCGCUGGGAAAGACGCUGGGAUGUGAUAUCGACAAGAAGGGCGGCAGGGCCGAUAAAUCCAAAAGGAGAGAAUCUAGGGUUAUUGGUGUGGAUAAGAAUACCAAGGAAGAUGUCGACCCUGCUAUCCGUAGGGUCUUGCCUAGGGGUACGCUGCUUGGAAAUCUUAGGGAGGAACAUGGGAGAGCGUUGCUAACACUUUGCCUAUAGUUUACAUUGAUGGACCAUUUGGGUCGGCAUCUGAGGACGUUUUCAAAUACGAGGUUUCUGUGCUCGUUGGAGCUGGUAUCGGUGUCACGCCUUUUGCAUCUAUCUUGAAGAGCAUCUGGUACAGGAGUAACUAUCCUCAAAAGAAGACGAGACUUCACAAGGUGUACUUCUUCUGGAUUUGCCGUGAUUUCGGCUCCUUCGAAUGGUUCCGGUCUCUGCUUCUGGCCAUUGAGGCUCAGGAUAUUGGUCAUCUCAUCGAAAUUCACACCUACCUCACGGCCAAAAUUAAGCCUGAUGAUGCCACCAAUAUUAUGAUUAACGAUGCGAACGCUGAGAAGGAUGCUAUCACGGGUCUUCGAGCGCCUACAAACUUUGGAAGGCCUAACUGGGAUACCGUAUUCAAGAGCAUCCGAGCGAUCCACAAGCCCGCAGAAGUCGGUGUUUGUAUGUUUCCUCCGUUCCAGUUCUUUUAGGUUAUGCAUUCUGAUUGCUGCUUUUAGUCUUCUGUGGACCCAAACCACUCGGGUCUACAUUGCACGUCAAGUGCAAUCAGUAUUCCGAACCGGGGUUUUCGUUUGUUUGGUACGGUAUUCCUUCUUUAAUCUCGUGGAUUUGGCUGAUCGGUUUAUAGGGGCAAGGAGAAUUUUUAAUGGAAGUGGAAGGGUCGUGUUAUCGACAAUUCUGGUCGGACUAGAUUUCAAUGUUUUGGCCCCUAGGGAGUUUGAAGUAGGUUUCACUUUCCGGAUGACUAUGGGUUUCUGUACAAUUUCUUCUUUGAAUGAUAUAUCCUAUUACAUAUAUAUAUAUAUAUAUAUUGCUUCUAUUUUGUUUUCGAGGGAGCGGGUUAAGGGGAGUUGGAGGUCGCUCUCCUGCGCUGGGGCAAAGGAAUGGCUGCGCUUUGGGCUGCGUCUACCUAAUGGUGCUCAUAUUUCAACGGGUUGUUUUCCUGUAUUGUACGAUAAUACCCUUCUAAGCCUGUAAGACGUGUUUUGACUAGGGUUUCUUGGUUGUUGCUAAUAGAAGGUGUUGCGGGCU